AUGUCUUCAGAUUACUUACCUUCUUCAUCUCAAGAACACUUCAUCGACGGUUUUAUCUCCAGAAAAUUGCUUCAACAAAUUCCAUUUGACCACACCGCUCAACAACAAGCUCAUGUACCUGAUAAGAACAACUUGAGCGGCAACGUCCUCUUGCUUCUCUCUAUCCUUGUCUGCGGUAUGAUCUGCUCCCUCGGUUUGCAUUACGUAAUACGUUGUGCAUUCAGGCGUUCUACAAGUUUCAUGAUCGCUGAUCCCAUCUCUAGCCCGUCUACACCACGCGGUUCAGUAGCAAACAAAGGGUUCAAGAAGAAAGCUCUCAAGAUGUUCCCAGUAGUGAAUUACUCACCUGAGAUGAAUCUGUCAGGGCUCGGCGAGGAGUGUGUUAUUUGUCUGUCUGAUUUUGUAGCUGGAGAACAGCUACGGCUGCUUCCCAAGUGUAACCACGGGUUCCACGUUCGCUGCAUCGACAAGUGGCUUAAGCAGCAUCUGACUUGUCCGAAAUGCAGACACUGUCUGGUCGAGACAUGCGAAAAGAUCUUCGGUGAUUGCGAUGAAGCUGAUCAAGUGGCAGCAACAUCAACGGAGAGCAUAAAUGUCAGUAUUGCUCCUUUAGAACCUGAAGCAAGAGUAGGCACUUUUAGAGGAAGCAGCUAA